CCCGUCUUUGCGGAUUUACAGAACACAGAUUCUGCAUGCUCUCUUCCUUCUCCGCAGCUCUGAUCGAGAAGACGAACCUCGACCAUUGUCGGGGAUAUUGCCAAGAUGAAUCGAUACAACUGGCUCUGCGUGCUGUACGUGACCUUCGGGGCAGUCUUUUAUGGCUAUGACUCUGCUUGUACAACAUCCGUGCUUGGUUAUACGUCGUUUCUUGAAUACUUCAACCUCGACUCUACCACCAUUGGCGCCAUGGGAUCGGCAUACUAUGCUGGAGCCGUUGUCGGCAUGGCUUCGAAUUGGUAUCUGCCCAACAAAUACGGACGUAUUCGGACCAUUCAGAUUGGCUGCGUGGCGUCUCUCCUCGCUGCAUCCAUGCAGACAGGAGCCCACAGCUACGGCGUCUUCGUGGCUGGUCGAGUCAUCGGUGGAAUGGCCAGUGGCUUGAUGUUUGUCGUGUGCCCGGCCAUGGCCUCUGAAAUUGCACCUCCCAAGAUGCGAGGCCGAAUUGGCGGUCUCUAUUCAGUCAGUGUUAAUGGCGCUUAUUGUUUCACUGAAUGGAUUGGCUUGGGAUUCUACUUCAUCAAGGGCGAUGUCUCCUGGCGUCUCCUGCUAGGCUGCCAACUUAUCCCCGGCGUUCUCAUGUUUGCUUUCUCCUUCAUGAUGCCAGAAUCACCGCGUUACCUUGCGUAUGUCGGGCGCUACGACGAGGCUUUGGCGGUCCUCAAGAAAAUGCACGGCUCUACACAUGACGACACCUUUUACAUCCGCGAGUUCCACCAGAUCAAGGCCCAAAUCGAGCUCGACAGAGAGGAGCGCUUGGGUCUCAAAGCAAUCUGGCAAAAGCCUUCAUACCGAAAACGGUUCUUGCUGGUAUUUUGGUACGCCAUUGCAUGCAUGCUCUCUGGCGUCAUUGUCAUCCAGAACUACCAAGUCAUUCUUUACACGAAUGUCGGGUUCAGCAAUGUCAUGUCCCUCAUCCUGACCGGUGUUUGGGGCUGCGUUGGAACACUCUCUGCAGUAUACGCCGCUUUAUGCUUCGACCUCAUGGGGCGGCGCCCAACGAUGUUUAUAUCAUAUUUCCUCAUCGUUGCCGGGACGCUCACGACAUGCAUAACGUGGGCAGUCUACGAGAAUGGCGGAAGCACCAACCGCUCCCUCGCGAAGGGCAUCAUCGCAGCCAUGUUCUUCGUUGGGCUCGGCUACGGCGGGCCUGCCAACGCUUUCCUAGCCACGUAUCCCGCCGAAAUCAUGCCCACAUCUGUCCGCCCCGUCGGUGUAGCCGUGAGCUACAUGACGCAGCAUGUCCUGAUCAUCAUCCUCGUGCAAUUCACCCCACAAGCGAUCGAGACUAUCUCGUGGAAGUUCUUCCUGAUAUUCGUGUGCUCAAGCUUCGUCUUCGCGAUUGUCUUCGUCCUGUUCUACCCAGAGACAAGAAACAAGACGUUGGAAGAGAUCGAGGCCGUCUUUGGUGACAAGGUCGCCGAGACGCUGGACGAAGCCGGGGAACAUGUCAAGAUCGAGCACGUGGACGAAAAGGCCCAGGCGCACGGGAACGUCAGCGUGGCCGUCCAUGAGGAGGGCAUUGGGAAGGAAGCAACUGCCUAG